CCCGUCAGUGCGCUGCACACAACCUGUCAGUUUGCAUUGUACUGUCUUCAAAUCCACCACUCUAAGAUGGACAACAGUAGAAUCUGUGGGACGUGUGAGGCUCCUCUAAUGUUGCCAGGGGGGACUAUGUCGAUCUUUGACUCUGUGCAGCCUUCCCCCAUGAAGAACAACUUUCUGCACCACACCAGUGAAAUCUCAUUGACGGAGCUGAUUGUGAGGCGAGGCCAGCCCUUCGACGUGGACGUUAAACUGACGAAACCUUUCGACUCUAAACUUCACCCACUCAAAAUUGUUGCAAGUACAGGAGAACAACCAAGCGAGGACUCGGGGACAGCAUCAACGUUCGGCAUCCCAGAUACUGCAAACCGGUCAGCAUCAGCAAAGGCAGUGUGGAAGGUGGAGCUUCACAAAGACUCUGACCCAAAGUCGGGCAAACUGGUCCUCAGCAUCACCCCCCCAGCUGAUGCCCCCAUAGGGGAGUACACCGUCAUGGGUUGGCACAGGGAUGAGGAAAAACUGCUGGCAAAGCCUGUGGUGCUCUUCAACCCCUGGUGUCGCGACGACCAGGUGUACAUGGAAAAUGCGAAGGAGGUGGAGGAGUAUGUGAUGAAUGAACAAGGAGUCUUGUACAGAGGAAGUAAAAACUACAUCAUGCCUCUAGACUGGGACUUGGGACAGUUUGAGGAAGACAUGGUGAAAAUUUCUUUAAAGAUGUUGGACAUCAGCCACAAACACUAUGAGAACCCAGCUGAAGAUGUUGCCUCUCGCAGCGACCCCGUCUACGUCGGCCGCGUGAUCAGCGCCAUGAUCAACUCUGAAGAUGACCACGGUGUCUUGGAGGGAAACUGGGGAGGCAAUUAUGAAGACGGGUUCUCACCCUCUCACUGGAGUGGCAGUCACGCCAUCCUUAAACGCUGGUACGACAGUGAUUGCAAACCGGUCAAGUACGGGCAGUGCUGGGUGUUCGCUGGUGUGAUGUGCUCAGUGAUGCGUCUGCUGGGUGUUCCCACCCGCACGAUCACCAAUUUUGCGUCAGCCCACGACACCAAUGGGAAUCUGACCAUCGACCGGUUUUACGCCGAAGAGGGAGUCACACUAAAACAGACCCAUGACAGUGUUUGGAACUUCCACGUGUGGACGGAGUCGUACAUGAAGCGCCCUGACCUGUCAGAAACAGGCAAAUAUGACGGCUGGCAAGUUCUGGAUCCAACACCGCAGGAGAUGAGCGAUAAUGUUUACUGCUGCGGUCCAGCCUCGGUCAAAGCCAUCCGGAUCGGACAAGUAGACCUCAAAUAUGACUGCCCUUUUGUCUUUGCUGAGGUCAAUGCUGACAUUGUUGAAUGGCUGGUCAAAGAAGAUGGCUCACAAACAAAGAUCGAGUCUUUCCCUGGGAGAGUUGGUAUCAAUACCUCCACCAAGGCUGUCGGCUCCAAAAAGAGGGUGGACGUCACCGACACCUACAAACCAAAAGAGGGGUCAGAUAAGGAGAGGGCUGUCUUUAAGUAUGCCGUCAACGUCACCAAAGACUACUCUGCAACUGAUGACGAUGAAGAGAUGGAGGAAGAAGAAGAAGAAGAGAUGGAGGAGAAUGACGGCGCUGAAGAAGGGGAGGACAGCGUCGAGACAGAGGAGGGUGCUGAGGAUGAAGAGGUGGAGGAGCCAGACAAUGACGAGACAGAGGAGGAUGAGGAAGCUCCAGCUCCAGCUCCAGCUCCAGCUCCAGCUCCAGUUCCACCAGUGGUCAUGACGUUUGUAGAGGUGACUCACCCCACAAACGGGAAGGAUGUGAGAUUGAAGCUGAAGCUGAAGAGCAGUACUGCCAGGCAGCUGUCCAUCAACAUCAGCGUCCAAGCCAUGCAUUACAACGGCAGGCCAGCUGUCAACAUCAAGCAUGAGGUUAUGGAGAGGUCACUGGAACCUGGGAAAGCUCUGUUAAUCCCUAUCCGGAUCCCGUUCAUCAUCUACCAUGAACACAUGAUUAAUGCUGACAGCAUGAACGUAUCAGCUGUGGUCACAGACAUGGAGAACCCAGAUCACACGUACCUGGCUGAUGAUGAAGUUGUGCUGCUUGACCCUCCCAUUUCCCUGGAGAUUUUCGGUAAGCCCCAAGUCCACCGAAGAGCGAGAGGGGAGGUGGUUUUCAGGAACCCGGCCAACGAGACACUGACAAACUGCCAUCUGACUCUCUCUGGAAGUGGCCUGUGGCGAGAUGAGGUUGAAGUCAAGAUUCCAGAUCUGAUGCCAAACAUACAAGUUCGUGUCAAGUUCUUUUUUUUCCCAUACAAGGCCGGCAAGAAGACCGCCAUGGCCGACUUCGACUGCAACAGCUUCAGAGACGUCAAGGUCUCUUGCCCGGUCAAGAUCAGGAAGUAAAUUCUCCCUGAUGCUGACUGAGAGUCACAUAUGUUUACUCAGAAAGGUUUACUGUGGAGGUAUGGAAGAAUAUAAUUUUUUCUUCAAGAAUUCAAUGUAACACGCAGGGAGUAAUUAUUAUACAAAUGGUCAUAUGCGGGUGAAGUAUCCCUUUAAUGUCAGUAAGGUGUCCACAACAGUGCAACAAUGACUCUGCUUUGUAACAGGUGAGGGUAGAGGUGGGCUAUUUUUGAUAAGUUUCUCCUCAGCAUGUGAAAUAAAAUAAAUAUCAGUAAA